UGCGCGACUGCUCUAACCAGGAAACCGAGGGUUCCAUGCUAGGGAUUGGAGGCAAGCAGUUUUUCGUCAAUGAAAGGACUGCAGGGGCUGGCGAAAUAGAAGAGAAUGCUGACCAUGUGAUGAUUCUAAAGACGGAAGAUAUUAGGCAUUCAUUUUUAGAUAGUACCAUGCAGACAUCUGAGACUGUUUCGGACACAGGUUCGACUGUGACAUUACAGACGUCCGUAGCAGGUCAGGCAGCAGUGCCCACCCAGGUGGUACAACAAGUGCCAGUACAGCAACAGGUAUGACAAAUGAUGACUGUUCAGCAGGUACAGCAUGUCUACCCGGCACAAGUACAGUAUGUUGAAGGAAGUGAUACUGUCUACACAAAUGGAGCAAUCCGAACAACUACCUACCCCUACACAGAGGCCCAGAUGUACAGCCAGAACACAGGGGGAAGUUACUUUGAUACACAGGGUGCAUCGGCACAGGUGACCACAGUUGUCUCCUCCCAUAGCAUGGUGGGCACUGGCGGAAUUCAGAUGGGGGUCUCCGGGGGACAAAUCAUUAGCAGCAGUGGGGGAACUUACCUGAUUGGCAACUCCAUGGAAAACUCUGGUCACUCCGUGAGUCACACAACUCGAGCUUCUCCAGCAACAAUUGAAAUGGCGAUCGAGACACUGCAAAAGUCUGACGGUCUGUCGAGUCACAGAAGCUCUCUCCUAAACAGCCAUCUCCAGUGGCUGUUGGAUAAUUAUGAGACAGCCGAAGGUGUAAGUCUCCCAAGAAGUACUCUUUACAAUCAUUACCUGCGACACUGUCAGGAGCACAAACUAGAUCCAGUCAAUGCUGCAUCCUUUGGAAAACUCAUACGGUCUAUAUUCAUGGGACUACGAACUAGAAGACUGGGAACCAGGGGAAACUCUAAAUACCACUAUUAUGGGAUUCGUGUCAAGCCAGACUCCCCUCUUAACCGGUUACAAGAGGACAUGCAAUAUAUGGCUAUGCGACAACAACCCAUGCAGCAGAAACAAAGGUACAAGCCCAUGCAGAAAGUGGAUGGGGUGGGAGAUGGCUUUACAAACAGCGGAUCACAGACUGGGGCUUCUGUUGAGCAAACAGUAAUUGCGCAAAGCCAGCACCAUCAACAGUUUCUCGAUGCGUCUCGAGCACUUCCAGAGUUUGCAGAAGUUGAAAUAUCUUCUCUGCCAGAUGGUACAACCUUUGAAGAUAUCAAGUCGUUGCAGAGUCUUUAUCGAGAGCACUGUGAGGCAAUAUUGGAUGUUGUUAUUAAUUUGCAGUUUAGUCUGAUUGAGAAGCUAUGGCAGACUUUCUGGCGUUACAACCCGACAUCUCCAGCUGAUGGAACCACCAUUACAGAAUCAGGAAAUUUGAGUGAAAUAGAAAGUCGGCUGCCCAAAUCCAAGCUGAUUUUACUCUGCAAAAACGAGUCUAUUCUGAAGUGGAUGUGCCACUGUGACCACGUGAUGUAUCAAGCAUUGGUGGAGAUCCUCAUUCCUGAUGUCCUAAGACCAAUUCCUAGUGCCUUGACCCAAGCCAUUCGUAAUUUUGCAAAAAGCCUUGAAGGUUGGCUUUCUAGUGCUAUGUGUAAUGUUCCACAGAGAAUGAUACAAACCAAGGUUGCUGCUGUAAGUGCCUUUGCCCAAACUCUGAGAAGAUACACGUCUCUUAAUCACCUGGCCCAGGCAGCGCGGGCUGUGCUACAAAACACGUCGCAGAUCAACCAGAUGCUUAAUGACCUGAACCGUGUGGAUUUUGCCAAUGUCCAGGAGCAGGCUUCCUGGGUGUGCCAGUGUGAUGAUAACAUGGUACAGAGACUGGAAACUGACUUUAAGAUGACACUUCAGCAGCAGAGCACUCUGGAGCAAUGGGCUGCCUGGCUGGAGAACGUCGUAACGCAAGCAUUGAAACCAUAUGAAGGAAGGCCAAGCUUUCCAAAAGCAGCCAGACAGUUCCUACUUAAAUGGUCAUUUUACAGUUCCAUGGUUAUUCGAGAUUUAACCUUGCGCAGUGCUGCUAGCUUUGGCUCUUUCCAUCUGAUCCGCCUUCUCUACGAUGAAUAUAUGUUUUAUUUAGUUGAGCACAGAGUUGCCCAGGCUACUGGAGAAUCACCAAUAGCAGUCAUGGGAGAGUUUGGUGACUUAAAUGAUGCAUCUCCUGGAAAUAUGGAGAAAGAUGAAGGAAGUGAUGUGGACAGUGAGAUGGAUGAGGAUCUUGAUGACUCUGGAGAGCCUCAAGCCAAGAGGGAAAAAAAUGAACUGAGCCAAGCAUUCCAGGUGGGCUGCAUGCAGCCAUCACUAGAGGGCAGCGUUCAGCAGACCCUGGUUCUUAACCAACUGCACAGUGAGCACAUCGUCACAAGCACUCAGACCAUCAGGCAGUGCAGUACUACUGGGAAUACAUAUACUGCAGUCUAA